UAUUCUUUUUUUUUGUUUAAAGUAUUGAAAAGAAAAAUUCUUAUGGAGUACCCCCUCCUUUAAUGUUAUUUGAUGAAAUAAAUAGAGAAGAAGAAAUUCAAAGUUUAGAAAACCGUCCAUUAAUAGAUUUAACAGUAACAAGUAGUGAGAACAACAGUCCCUGUUCUUCUCUUCCUCCAAACCAGCCAACAACAACAAUAGAUGAUUCUAAUACAACAACAACAUCUACAGCCACAACAACAACAUUUAUUAGUUUUAGACCCCAAAGAUGCCAAUUUUUAGAAAAUUCUUCAGAAAAUUUUGUUGAAAAUAAAAAUAAUAAUUCUGAAUUUAAUAUACAUCAAAGACGUGCAAAAUCAUUUAGACACUUCCCUAGUACAAAAACUUGUAAUAAUAGUAGAAGAAGUACUAGGUAA